AUGGGAGCAUCCGAAAGUACAGAUUUACCGUUUUAUGAUACCGCAAAUACAGAUGCUACAAUUGUAUUAGAGAAACCAAUACAAUGGUAUACACCUGGUGAGACCGUAUCUGGUAAAGUUUCAAUUAAUAUACCGUGGAGUAAACCGAUAUCACUCGAUUUAAUGGGUGAAGUUGGUUAUACAAUGACUUAUUCAACGGAUACAAAUAUGGUUCGCGUUGCAUAUCAUCGUAUGCCUUUUUUUACAGUUACGAAAACAGAUGUUAAUGAUGGUGAUAAAUUUGAACUUAAACUUGCUGAAGAAUUACCACCAUCUGUGAAUACUGAAAAGAAUUCAUAUCCUUAUAUUCGCUAUUUAAUACAAGUCAAUUUUAGUCGAACGCAUAAAUCGCGAUAUUGGAUUAUUGUAUGUCCACGUGUUGUUCUCAAUCGUGCAAAUAUUCGUCCUGUUCAUUUUGAUGCAUUCAAUCGUAAACAAAUGCGUUUAGUAUGUUCAAUAGACCAAGAAUGGGUAUUACCUGGCGAUCAAUUACAAAUUGAGUAUAAAAUAACUAAUCAAAAUCAAGAACUUAUCAAAAGUAUGGAUGGAAAUAUUUCAAUGAAAGCAAUUGUUCGUGGCAUUGAUUAUAAUGAAACAAUUUUGAAUUUUGUGAUUGAUGAUGUAUAUGAUACAAAAGAUGAUUAUGUAAGUGGUAUGACUCGUAUAUCGCUUCCGACACAAUAUUUCCCGCCAUCAUUCUCCUAUUUUAAUGAAAAAACAAGAUUUCGUGUCCAUAUUGAAUAUCUCCUUUCAGUUGACGUCCAUGUUGAAGGUGUUAAUACUAGUUUGAAAACUACCGUGCCAUUAAUGAUUGGAUUUGAACCUGAAAAUAUCACAUUUAAUGAGGUUAUGUCACCGAAUCAACAUCGAUUAUCAGUUACAAGUUUACACAAAAAACGUCAUUCACGUUUACGUCAUUUCAGUCGUUUCAGUCAUUCGUAA